CUCAAAGCUGCUGCUCCUGCGUCUCCAGACACUUCCUGCACCGAGCCACAGUUUUCACAGCAAGCGACUAUCUGUCGUCGUGAGAGGGGGGACAAGAUGAGGAACAAAGAUCUUCGGGAGGGAACGUGAGGCUUGACUCAAGGACAUUACCAUGACAUAAACCAAGGACCCAACUGGAACUGUCUCCUUGUUUGUCUUUUGUUUUGUUUCUGUUUGUUUUUUUUUUUUGUUUUGUUUUGUUUUUGUUGUCUAGUCUCCACCUGUCUUACCUUAUGUUCAGCCCUCCUCUUGUGGAGAAGGGAUAAUGAAGUAAUGCAGGAGCAUUUGCUUGGAUAAAACUUGUAUCACACUACUGUGUUGAGGACUGGCCUAGUCACUCCUCUUGUCUGCCUCCUAUAUAUCACUGAGAUUAAAGAUAGCAAUAGAAGUAUCAAAGGUCUUGAAAGAGCCUAACUUAUCAUAUCUUUAUGGCAUUAAUUACAUUUUGGCCAGCACUUACCAUGCAACAUACAUUAUAGAAUUCUUUAGUUGUGCAUUAAUUUAAUUUAAUUUAAUAUUUGUAGCAUCGUUUUCUAAACAGAGGGUGUUUGUCUUAUUCAUACUUAAUGGAUCAGUUUUUCAAUGCAAAAAAGUUUUUUUUUCUUUGUGUAAUUAUUUAAAGAUUUAUUUUUGAUGUUGAGUAGCUGCUCAGCUGCCUUACAUUGUUAUCAAAAUAGGCGGCUUUAAGUUGUAAUGUCAACUUAUUUUUUUACUUGCAAUCCUUGCAAAAAUUUCGUUUAAAUGACUGAUCUUUUAGUGGAAAAUUACAUUUUUAAGUCGUGUUGUUUUUGAAUAUGUUGAAGUAUUGCCUAUCCACUUUUCAACUGGCAGUAAACUGUGGAAGCUGACAGCUCUCCAGAUCAAACUGUGAUGGAAGCUUUCUAACUGUGACACAUAGACUGGUCUUUAUCAGUUUCCAUCUUCACUGGAUAAAUACGUUAACAGAGGAACCUUUGAACUUCUUUUUUCAAAUGAAGACAUAUGUUUGAAAUCGACAGACGGGAACAGAAACUUUGAGUGGAUGUGUCUUGUUUUUUUGUGACAUUGUUUCUUGUAUUCAAGCACUGAAGAGGAAAAAUGACUUUGUGGAGAUUUCAGGGAUAAAGUUCUCAGACUGACAUUUAGAUACAUUUUUGAUUUUCCCUGUAAAUCUUGAAGAGUUGCCGAAUUUCACUCUUCAAAUCUCUAACAGUAGAAAAUACCACCCCAAAACCUGACGCAAUUUUUCCUGAUAAACCUCGCCCACUUCAGCUGUGAGGAUGCGAUCCCCAGAACCUUCUUCACCUUCUCCAGCAGAAGCCCUCCUUCAUGGCCAGUUUGCGAGCUGGGGAUCAGGCAGUAACAGCAACAAUAACAGCUGCCCCAACAGCCCUGGUGGUCCAGGUGGACUCUCCCCCGCUGCCUCCCCUACUCCGGCUCCGGCCUCCAACUAUGCCUUGACCCUCACCCACACCCACAUACAUAUCCAGCGCUUGUCACCACGGCCAGGGAAGGAAGCCCGUCUCUUGCUGCCUUUAACAGAGCUAGUGGGGUGCAGCUGCCCUCGCGCCCCUGCACCCCCUCUCCUGGUGCUGUACUGGUACCCACCAGGGAAACGGCGGAAAGGGGUGUCCCGGCGCAGGCAGUUGAGGGCCUACUUGGCAGAAAGCAGGCCUGAAGCUGAGAGGUGGUCAGCUGCUGUGCAGUGUCUACUCAGAGGUGUGACCGUCACUGCUGACACAGAAUUUUCAAGAAGUCUGCUACCUCGUCCCAGGCGACUACUGUUAUUGGUCAAUCCCUUCAGUGGGAGGGGCCAGGCAAUGCAGUGGUGUCAGACCCACAUCCUGCCAAUGAUCAGAGAGGCCAAUAUCAGCUACAACCUUAUACAGACAGAGCGUCAGAACCAUGCGAGGGAGCUUAUCAGAGAGAUAUCACUCCCAGAGUGGGAUGGCAUCGUCAUUGUUUCUGGAGAUGGCCUGCUGCAUGAGGUCAUUAAUGGGCUGAUGGAGCGUCCUGACUGGGAACAAGCAAUAAAAACACCUGUCGGCAUUCUGCCCUGUGGCUCCGGGAAUGCACUGGCUGGCUCCAUCAACCACCACGCAGGGUAUGACAUGUGCCUUCGGGAGCCCCUCCUUCUGAACUGCUGCUUUUUGCUCUGUCGAGGCGGUGUCCGACCGAUGGACCUGGUCUCUGUGACAACAAGCCCUUCUCCCUCCAGUCGCGCUGCAGCACCCAGGAGACUGUUUUCUUUCCUUUCUGUUGCCUGGGGCUUUGUGUCUGAUGUGGACAUAGAGAGUGAGAGGUAUCGUGGCCUGGGCUCAGCCCGCUUUACCCUGGGAACCCUGGUGCGCAUAGCUUCUCUUCGAUCCUACAAGGGUCGUCUUUCUUACCUGCCACCCUCUAUUGUCACCACAUCACCAGACACCACACCUCCUCCGCCAAGGAGACCUCUCUCCCGUAGUAUUACAGAAGGCCUUGAGGGCUUCUGUAGAACACCCAUCCAUCGCACCUGCUCUGACAUGGGCAUCAGCGAACAGAGGAGCCUGCGUAGGGGGGAGGGUGAGAGGGAAAAAGAGGAGAGGCAGAGAGAAAGGGAGAGGAGAAGGGAGAGGGCCAGGGGAGGAGGAACUGGUGUGGUGAGGGCCAGCAGCUUGGCAGAAGACAGAGAGAGGGAGAGGGAAGGGGAGGUGGAGAUGGAAGCAGAGGAGGAGAGAUCAGGCACAUGUUCGGAGAGAUCGGGGACGAGUUCUGAAUCAAAUGAAAGGGACGAAUGCAAUAUGGGAAGGGAAGAAAGGUUGGCGGGGAUCAAAGACGAGAGGGAAGAUGAUGGAACAGUAGACCAAGACUCCAGUGAGAUGGAGGAGGAGGAUAGGGGGAAGGAUGGGGAAGGCAGUAGUGGUUCUGUAGAGGGGGAGGGAGUGUUGCAUGCAAGAGAGCUGGGAGAGAGCUAUGGGGUAGACAUGGGGCGAGAGGCAGAUGAAGAGCCAGAGGCUUGUUUCACUUACCAGGACAGCCUUCAGGAGGCCAGACAGGCACUACGAAAGAAUUCCGCCCCCUCAAGCCAGAUAGCCAAUACUCUAUUCAACCAGUCUCUCAAUCAGGAGGGAGAUGCAGAUUCUGGCACUUCAUAUGGAGUAGAGGACAUGCAUCUGAAUGGAACCUACUACCAGAAAGAACCCUACCCACUGGAUGUUGCCCGUGAGCGGGCUCUCACCAUCUCCUCUCCCUUUCGUCACUCUCCCUUCUCUUAUAAGCCCAAGACCCUGGACCAAAACCAGAACGCCUCCAGGCCGAGGCCCCUUUCCCUCCUCCAGCACUCCCACUCAAACUCCCUCCCCCCGAAACUCCCCUCCCUCUCUCUGUCUCUUUCUCCCACACCACCCUCUUCCCCAUCUUGUGCCUCCCCACACUCCUCAUCCUACCUCGCUCCCCGUCCUAACACCCCAAACUCCACCUCACCCUCGCCGUCUCUACGCACACCGUCCUCGUCUUUUAACUUUGACAUUGCCGAGCCAGCAGGACCCCUUAAAAACCGUCCUUUCGUCUCACUGCCUUUAAAUCUCCCUAGGGAUGAUUUGUUACCCCCCCUCGACCAACCCCUUCCCACCAGGGAUUGGGUCACCAUUGAAGGAGACUUUGUCUUGGUCCUGGCCCUUUAUCAGUCCCACCUUGGGGCUGACCUCCAUGCUGCACCCCAGGCCAAGUUUGAUGAUGGGCUGAUCCACCUGACCUUUGUGCGGGCGGGGAUCUCCAGAGCCACUCUACUGAGAUUGUUCUUUGCCAUGGAAAGAGGAACCCACCACUCCGUCAGCUCACCAUAUGUGAGUCAUGUUACCUGCAAGGCCUUCAGGCUGCAACCUCUGUCUACACGAGGAACCCUCACUGUGGAUGGAGAACUGGUGCCCUACGGGCCACUUCAAGCGCAGGUUCACCCUUCAAUAUCCCGCCUCAUUGUUGGCGACUCUGGAGUGAAGAUCACCAGAUUCUAAUCAGGGAUUGGUUGAGCUGACUGAUACAGCAUUCUACUGAAUUAUGUAAUCUUUGUUGCCAUCUAUACUCUGAGGGAGAGGGGAGGGGGGUCUGGCAAACUCAAAAUAGCCUAGAUUGCAGAAACUGCUUUUCUGGGGUUUAAUGAAAGGGAUAACCCACCGAGCCACGCAUCAUUGGAGCAUGACUGCAGGGAUUAAUUGUGAAUUUGAAAAUGGAUGAAAAAUGCGCCUCAUUGCACAGCUGUUGGAUUACGCUCAGCGUACCCUGAGAAGCAUGAAAACUGCACAGACUGGGAUAAUAAGAGGGAAGAACAAUCGAAUGUUUAUGGGGUUUUUUGUGCAGAUAGUGCAUGUGUUGGCUGUAUACAUAGUAGUAUGCAUGCAGAGAAGCACUACCUGAUUUUUGCCUUACAGUGAGAUAGAGAGGAACCACACUAAAUUCAGAGUCAUUUCUUCUUAAACAUGAAAAGCUAAAAAAAAGACAUGAGAUUCGCUUGGUCCAACCCCCAAUAAAAAUUGUCCCCAACCCUCCAUCUUCAACCCUGGCCCCAAUGUCCAAAUGAUUGAGUAGAAAAGCUUAUGUCCCUGAAGGGAAUGCCUUAUCUGACACUGGACAGUACAGUUGUACAUUUGUCCUUUCUUACUUAUAUAAGAAACCGAAAUAUUCUUAAUCUCUAUCCACCAAUCAGACACAGUGGUAGAUCCAUCUACCUACCACUAUCUCUGAACACUCUACUGUCCACUGUUUUAACCAUUGGUGGUGAAAAUAUGAAUAAAAGUACACUUUAAUGACCAUUGUGUUCAUGCAAGUGAGUUGAUGUAGAGCAGCGAGAUCAAGCUUUUCAGGGUCAUCACAUGGAUAGCAAUGGAACCGUUGAACGGUGGCCAUUACUGACAUUUUUACAUAAUCUGCCUGUUUUUCUUAGCCAGUGGAUGCACGAUGAUGAUGUCAGUGAUAUCAGACUUUGCAACAUAAAAAUGUCUUAACAAAGCAAGCUUCUUUGUCAGUGGUUUUAGACUGUUCAUUUUCAAGAACUCUUUCAGAAUUACAACCAUUAGCCCUCCUCACUAUUUUAUAUUUGCAAUAUAUCACUGUCUCUGAGUAGUCAUCUUUGGAAGUGUUAAGUAGAGGACAUUAAAAGCCUCUGUUAAGUCGUAUGUAGUGCAGUUAUUUUGCACAAUAAUUGGAGUUGGAGCAGCACAGAAAAUCACAACACUAGAUUGCACAGUAACUUUGAGAUACAUAUGAAGAGUAACACAGAGUCAGAUACAAUGCUUUGUUCUAUAAAAUGGAUACACUAGUAUUAAUAGCCUAGUCCAGAUAUCAUAAUGAAUGGAUCACGUUUCAUUCAUAGCCUGAAAUUGAUGAAAUGUUUCAAUUUGAACACUUGUAGCUUUUGAAAAGUUAAGACUGAAUCAUUUAGAAACUAAAAUCCUAUUUCAUCAGAUCAGACUUUUGAUCAAGAGAUAAAUCAGAUGGAAGUAAAAUUUGCACUUUGCAAAAUUAGCCAGCAUCAGAUCAAAUCUGUUUAUGUAAGUGAUAGUUUUGGUUUUAAAUUUAAAAUACCUUGGGAACAUAAGUAGCAGUAACUUGUCCUCCUAAGUGAAAUAAAACAACAGACUUUGAAGUCUAUGAGGAAUUGUGAUGUUUUAGAAAUUAAUUCUGUCAUAAUAAAACCUGCUGAAAUACUUGGUCAGGACAAAAGAUAAAUCAUUAGCGUGUGCAGUGUAUCAAUCAGUAAGCUCAUGUGCCGACUGCUUGGAUCAUCAUCAACAUACUGUAUGUCUUGGUCAUGCCUGGACAAAUCAAUGCCUUUGUAUAAUAAGCCUGUAAAUUCUGGCUGUUGAUCAUGAACUGUUCAAACCUGACUGCAUAAAAAUUGAGUAAAAUUCUUUGCUCACCAGGCUGUUAUUUUUUCUUCUUUCCUUUUCCCUUUGAAUGCACAAUGCAGCUAGUCUACCACAAAUACACUGUGCUUACACAGCUACAGAAUGUGAGUACAGCAUCUUGAGUCCAGGUUUGCAACAUUACCAAAUAGAAGAAACUAUAUACACUUUGAAUGGAGUUUUGCCAAAAUGUUUACUUUUGAUGUUUAAGAAACUAGUUGUCACAGUUUACCUUCCAAAACACUUUGUUGUCUAUGGCCAUGGCUUGGACCAUGGUGUUAUAGACCAAUUUGAAAUGAGAAUGUCAGGGUGUGACCCCUCAGUUAAUGCCAUUAAGAUGUCUGUAGUGGACUGUCUGUAAUGAAAUUGUAAUUAUUACUAAAACAAUGAAAAUAUAUACAUAUACA